AUGAAGUUCUCCAAGGCGGCCGCCGCGACUUUGUUGUCGUUGGCGUCUGGCUCUGGCGCUGUAGACGCCACAUGCCGACCCAAGAUUGAUUCUGAGAAGCUCCAGGCCGAUCUCAAGACCGAAAACCUCAUGGCCAACUUGGAAGCACUCAACGAAAUCGCCUUCGCAAACGGUGGAAACCGCGCCUUCGGACUGCCCGGAUAUGCUGCGUCAGUUGACUAUGUCUGGGACCGUAUUUCCUCGAUCCCCGCCACCAAGGCCUGGAAACAGGACUUCUCGGCGACAUUUGGGCAGGUCGUCUCAAUCGACUUCAACAUUGACGGCGAGUCCAUCUACGUUUUUGGCUUGACGUACUCCCCAUCCACGAGCGAGGAGGGCAUCACCGCCCAAGUCGUUCUCGGACCCGAUGGUGCGGCCGGUUGCGAUGCCGCCAACUACGAAGGUCUGGACGUCAAGGACAAGAUUGUUCUCGUCCAACGCUUCCGCUGCCCUACGGGAGGCACCCUGGCUGGCAGAGUGCGACCCGCGGCCGCUGCUGGCGCCGCUGCUGUUAUUAUUUACCACGACAUCACGACUAAUGCGACUGCCGGCUCGCUUAGCGCGCCUGAUCCUGAAGGUUUUGUGCCUGCUGGAUUUAUCAACCUGGCGGAUGGUGUGAAGAUUAGGGAGCGCCUCGAUGCGGGUGAAACUGUUGAGGCGCACUUUCAGCAGACUCAGAUUGUGGAGGAGCGCAUUACCCAGAAUGUGUUCGUUGAGACUGAGGAAGGCGACCCUCACAACGUUAUCAUGCUUGGUGCUCACUUGGACAGUGUGCAAGCCGGCCCUGGCAUUAACGAUGACGGCUCCGGAACAAGUCUCCUUCUCGAACUCUUCCUCGCUUUGACCAAGUACCGGACCAAGAACAAGGUUCGCUUCGCGUGGUGGGGAGCCGAAGAAAACGGCCUGCUGGGCUCCAAGUUCUACUGCUCCAACCUUGCCCCAUCCGACGUGGACAAUCUCCUUGUUUACCUCAACUUCGACAUGGUUGCAAAGGGUUACUUUGGUGUCGCCGACACCGAUGGCAGCACCCAUGGCUCUGUCGCUCCACCCGGAUCUGAUGUUGUCGAGCAUAUUUACGAGGAGUAUUUCGCAAGCAAGGGCAUUGAGAUCACCCCUGCUGUUGUUACUAACGGCAGUGAUUAUGCAUCCUUCUGGCAGAUUCUGAACAAGCCAUUCGGGUUCCUCCACACUGGCACUGGAGUUGCUCAAGACCCGUGCUACCACCAAGCUUGCGACACCAUCGAGAACCCUGACCCCAACACCAUUACUGUCAACGCCAAGGCUGCUGCUCACAUCCUCACGGUUCUGUCACUAAACGGAACCUCCCUCAUCCCUAAGACAACUGUUAACGCAACUAUGCUCAACACCCUGCAGUCCCGCAGCAUCGAGCAUGAUGUAAUUAGAAUUGAGGAGUUGGAGGCGCUUGGAGAGCGACACCUGGGUUGUGGCCAUGACAUCUAA